UACCCUACUCAUUGAUAGCCUAACUAUUAAUAUACAUCUUGCUGUACUGCAAAUACACGUCUUCAUAAAUGACUUCAUUUCCCAGUACCCCUGCCCUCAAUCACUUAUCACAUGACAUGCAUAAUCCAAAAUGGCUACGCUAACAGAGGAACACUUCUCUGCAUUGCAACUUUUGUUGAAGGCUCCGUCUAAAGAUGCCGUGCGGCAGAUGUGUGCCGGCAGUUUCCCGUCCGGAGCUCCUGAAUCACGGCGUCUGGCAGAUAGUACAGCUGGAACCCUUUCAGUGUCAUCAGCUGAGGCCAAACAACUUCUCACGGCUCUGCACACUCUCUCGCAUUACGUGCUGUUUCACAACCUGGCUUCACCCGAACAGAUCCUGGCUGUCUUCCCAGACACCUUCCAUUCCAGUCUAAAGAACCUAAUCACAAAGAUCUUGCUGGAACACCGCCCAACAUGGACAAAUGAAGCUCUUGCCAACCAGGUUUCAUUGCCCAAGCUGGUGGAGAUGGACUGGAGGGUGGACAUGAAGACUGCCUCAGACUCAGUCAGUCGCAUGGCAGUGCCCACCUGUUUGGUUCACAUGAAGGUUCAAGACUUUUCCUGUUCGGGAGGCAAUGACUCUCUCUCCUCAGUCACCAUGGAGCUCAGUAAAGAAACACUCGACACCAUGUUGGAUGGAUUAGGUCGUAUCCGAGACCAGCUGUCUACAGUCGCUGGCAAAUAGACAUUUUCCGACACCAGGAUGGUGCCUUAAACAAGAGGCCUUUUUCUGGACAACAAGGAACUGCUUGUAUUGCUCUUACAAUGCUCUUUCAUGCACAUGUCUGCGUGUGUAUACACACACACACCCCUCCACUUCAGACUCUUAAAUACAUGGAGAGUUUUCAAUGCAGAUUUCACAUUCCUUAAUAGUUUAGGCAUGUAUGAAUGAUGUUUUUGUACCAGACCAUUGUGAAUUAUUAAAAUACAAAUAUUAUUUAA